CUUUCCUAAACAGAGACAGCUUGAGCUUGUUGUUGAAAAAUGCAGCCUCACAAGUUAUUUGGAUUACUUUACACAGGAGUUUACUUGUGGAUAUCGUUUUGCUUUAGGGAAUCCCACCAGGGUGAAUACCAAAGGAAACUCUACAGAGAGCUGCUGAAAAACUACAAUCGCCUAGAGCGUCCUGUGCUGAAUGACUCCCAGCCACUGCUUGUAGAAUUGGGGAUGACCUUGCUGCAAAUUAUUGAUGUGGAUGAAAAAAAUCAAGUGCUGGUGACAAAUGCUUGGUUGCAGUUGUAUUGGACUGACAUAUACCUUACCUGGAAUCAGUCUGAAUACCCAGGAGUUCAAAACUUGCGCUUCCCUUCUGACCAGAUUUGGGUUCCAGAUAUUCUUCUGUAUAAUAGUGCAGAUGAACGAUUUGAUGCAACCUUCCACACAAAUGUCCUUGUAAAUUCAUCUGGGGCAUGUCAGUACAUCCCACCAGGCAUUCUGAAGAGUACCUGCUAUAUUGAUGUCCGCUGGUUUCCCUUUGAUGUACAAAAGUGUGAUCUGAAAUUUGGUUCCUGGACACACAAUGGUUGGCUUCUUGAUCUCCAGAUGCUGGAAGUGGACAUUUCCACAUACAUUCCAAAUGGAGAAUGGGACUUAGUAGGUGUACCAGCAAAGAGGAACGAGCUGUAUUAUGAGUGCUGCAAGGAGCCCUAUCCUGAUGUGACUUUCACAGUAACAAUGCGCAGGCGUACUCUUUACUACGGUCUGAACCUUCUUAUCCCCUGUGUUCUCAUGUCAGGCCUGGCCUUACUAGUGUUUCUGUUGCCAGCUGACUCUGGAGAGAAGAUAUCACUAGGGAUUACUGUGCUACUUUCUUUAACAGUGUUUAUGCUUCUGGUAGCUGAGAUCAUGCCAGCAACAUCUGAUUCUGUUCCACUUAUAGCUCAGUACUUCGCAAGCACAAUGGUGAUUGUAGGCCUUUCUGUAGUAGUUACAGUGCUGGUGCUACAGUUCCAUCACCAUGACCCCCAUGGAGGAAAGAUGCCAAAGUGGAUACGAGUUGUGCUUCUAAACUGGUGUGCUUGGUUUUUACGGAUGAAGAAGCCUGGGGAAGAUAGAAAGCACCUCACGUACAAAUACAAUCCCCAUGUGCAGCAUUCCAGUGCCAGCAGUAUUGAGAUGAAUGUCAUACCUGGACAGCAAUCGACCAACGGGAACAUGAAUAUGUAUUUUGGCUACCAUGCUGUGGACAGCCCUUGUUGCCCCCCCAGCAGUGAUUCCGGGGUGAUGUGUGGAAGGACAACCAGCUCACCCACAGAGGACCAUCAAACCACCACCAGGACUCUCUCAGAAAACAUCCCAGAAAUUGCUAAAAUCCUGGAGGAAGUGAAUUACAUUGCUAGUCGCUUCAGAGAUCAGGAUGAAGCAGAAGCAAUCUGCAGUGAAUGGAAAUUUGCAGCUGCUGUUGUUGACAGAUUGUGUCUUGUGGCAUUUUCACUCUUCUCCAUUAUCUGCACUAUUACAAUAUUAAUGUCAGCCCCUAAUUUUAUAGAAGCUGUUUCCAAGGACUUUACAUAAUACAUGCAAACAAAAAAAAGUUUGUAAUCACAAGAAUUGAAAAAAGCGAACUAAUUGUAAAUAUACACAUUAUCAUAAAAUAUGAAUCAUGUUAACAAGGAAAUACUGCAGCUUCUGAAAAUUAGGGGAGUUUGCAAAUGAUCUGUCAAUGUGUGAAUCCCUUACUACACAAAUCAGGAUUAUCAAUACCAUAUUUAUUUAUUAUUUUCUGUGUGUAUUAAAGGGGAAGCUUCAAAAUGCUAUAAUUAAGGCUUAGGUUUUUAUUUAUUUCAUUUUUCGGUGCUUAUUUUUAGCUAUUUUCGAGUUGUGUAAAUUCGUGUAUGAAAUUAUUGUUUUCGGUUACUUUUCCAAAACGCUUGGGCAUUUUUUUCUGUCAAAAUAUGUAUAGUAGUAACUCGUGUGUUUCAUUGGCUGUUGUUUGUAUCUGAGGUGUUUUAUCGGUUAAAACCGAAAACCAGAUCCCCUAACUAUAGUGCAUUCAAGACCACUUGUACUUCUUGGUAAAUUUGCUUGAUCAAAAACUGUGCUUGAGAUUCGCUUUACUCCUCUUAAAGUCUCCAUGUUUCCCACUUCACAAGCUUUCAUUUGAUUGUUACAGCACUGCUGGUGGUGUUUUACAUUGCUGUGCAGGAGAUGCUGGUUCUUUGCUAUGUAGAGGGCUUUUAUAGCCAAAUUCAAGCCAAGCUCAUUAUUGUAAUGUAAAAAUGUCUCCUUGAGCCAGGAUACUAUGAUGAAUAAGUCAACAUUUUAGUUAACAUUAUAGCUGCUGAAAACACUGAUCUAACUAACAAAUGUGUUGGGAUUGUUUUAGGGAGACAAGAAUUAUGUUGUGUGGAAAUGAUUACUGUCUCACAUUGUAGCUGGGAGGUGGAAAGCAAACUUAGAGGACACAGACAAAAUUAAAUGAGACAGUUAAAAUAUACUGGAUACUGUAUAAAGGAUACAUAUAAAGGAUACUGACCAUUUCUUUAUGAUAGGGAAUUAUUGGAAGAUAACUGGGCAGUUCAUGAAGUUUUACCUUUAAUACUAAAACUGUAAGCAUAAAACCACAAUCUUUAUUCUUUAUUUUAUGGACUUUGAGGGUGUUCAAAUUUGUAAGGAGAUUUGUGUAUCAAUAGCACUUUUAUGUGUUUUGUACAGUACUUUCCACAUACCUUGUUGACAAGAGGAAAACUGUUUUGAAGACAUUUCUUCAUCAUUGUUGAUGAGCUUACUGCUUGCUUUGGGGGAGUUUGACAGCCACCCCUUGUAGAGGUGAUUAAAUAUGGUUGUAAUUAAUUAAUAAGAUCUUAUUUUUUUUUUUUCAGUGAUGUUUUGCCAAAUGAGUAACUCUUACUAAACAUUUAAAGUAGCUUUGCUCCUGUGAUAUUAUUAUGGAAUUUUUUUUUUGCCUUUUUUUUAUUUUUUAAACUUUUAUUAACCAAUACUCCAUGUGUAGAUGCUUAGUAUGGCACCCUUAUAUCAGUCAGGUAAUGAUUAUUAUCUCAGCUUGUAUUGUGCAAUCGCUCUGUGUGCUCGUAUCUAACCUAGUUUCUGUUUUGAAAAAUUGUAUGGACAAUUUUAAAUUGGGUUUCCCACGGUAUAUGGGAUUUUGAAAUGAUUGUUUCAUAACUUCAGUAACGUCAUCAUUUUAAACUAAAUAUGAAACUAAAUGUAUUGGUUGAAAAUUAAUGUUUUGGCAAAAGCAUUACAGUUCCUUUAAUAUUGCAAAUUAGCUUUUUCAUGCUUAACUAUUCUACAAAAGACCACAACACUAUAGGGAACCCACAACCUACCAUUUUAAAAUAGUAGGUUGUGUGGGAGGUACAGUCUGUGUCAUUUUAUCGGGAUGCAAAAUUAAUCACAGUUUUUUUCUACAUGAAAUGAAAAAGAAUGAAGGCACAUCUUAUCACAAGGCGAGGCACCUGCGAUGUUGACACAGCAACUUUCUUUGCAACAGCAGUCUGAGAAGCCACAGGAGACUCCAGCUCCUUCAAGAGUUCAACGUGGUUUACGCAAUUUACACAUCACAGCAUAAUCACGUACUCACUGCACUGAGUACGUGUCUUGCACUGAAAAGCAAUCUCCAUUCAUCUUGAAAAUACUGUAUCCCAAUUAAACGAAGGGAUGGCCCAAUUAAACAAUAUAAAUAGCAUUGGGAAGAACCGUCACCCAGAGUUGUAUCCCAUUUAAGCAGAAAUCCUGAUUAUCAGUAUCCUGAUUAGGCAGCACCAACUGUACUUAAUGUUAGAAUGAGCUAAGCAGACCGAAAAGAUAUAGCUUUUUAACUUACAUAGCACACAGUAUGGAUCAUAACAUUAAUCUGUGCCGUCAAAUGAUCUAAUGCGUUUGGAAACAAAAGUUUAUCGGGUGAGAACAGAACUAUUUACAUCACAAUAUUAUAAAAAAAAAAAAAAAAAAACACACACUCCCAAUGUACCGUACGUUUUGAAAAUUCUAACUUGUACAAAAACUUAGCAGAAGGGGUUGCAUGGCAACACAGACGUUGUCAUGCCAACGACUACCUUCCCAAUACUGUCAGUCUAAUUGCACACACUGUAAUUAAACUAACUUCAUGCUUUUAGAAUACUUGCACAAGUUCCGAUGCAUACCUUUUUUUUUUUCUUUUUUCUUAAGGGUAAGCACAUAUGCUAUUAAACAUGAAGACUGCAAAUGCCGUUUGUAUGCGCAGCAAUACACAAACAUUAAAUACAGCACUUCACAAGUUUAGAAUUAUGAAUACAUUUCUCAGUUGUAAUUGAGAUACACAAAUGGCUUAUCAUGGAUCAAUUGAAUAACCCUACACACCUGUCUGUUUUCCUUUGCCUUCCUUCAGGCCUAUGUGCAAGAGCCUUCACAUUCUUCAUACGCAAUACUAAAGUUACACCAGUGCAGAACUUUACACGGACACUGCAUUGUCGCUUCAAAAACAGGGUUAGAAUAAGGUCAAGUCAGGUUUAGCAGUAUGAGUGUUGUGUGAGUAUUUUCAAUUGAAAAUUACUUUAGGAAAAAGGUCGCUAAAAUAAUUGUUUCCACAGUCUUUCCAUUUCAAAAGGAUAAUCAAGUUUACAUUAUAAGAUGAUGAAUCGUCCACUUGAACUCCGUUUCAGGCUAAACAGCACCGGUACAAUAUUUCAGGUGCAAGAUUAACUCCCUUAUAGUUAACUUUUUUCAGAUAAAACUACUCUCAAAUUCUCAAAUUCCAAGAUUAAAGUGUCAAGACUUAUGGAAUUAUUUUAUCACAGCAGAAAAAACAAAACAAAAAUUUAAGACCACAUUUUUAUAGUCCUAAUUUCCUUCUAUUGACUUUAAAGUAAAUCGAAUUUCACACUGCAGUUACAGAUUAUAGGCGCAAUCUGCCACACCAAACAAGUCAAACUUUACAUUACCUCACUAAUACUACCAACAGGAGCUGUCAAGGUAGUAUUUUUUUUUUUUAAAGAAAAAAAAUAGAGGAAAAACUGGGGGGUUCUUGUUACAUACAGUGGAAUGAAUGAAGCAUUUGGAAAAGUCCAAGGUAAAAGCUAAAGAGAGAGUCUGAAGUACUGUGGGAGUGUUCCAGUUCCAGAAUGUUCCCUUGUAAAAAGACCAUUUGCUAUGUAAGGCACAAGUACAUGCAAACCAUUGAAAUUUUUGCAGUGAUAUUGGAUGUAUCUAUGUUUACUUUGGUGUCUUUUAUAAAGUAGUCACACACAAAAUAAAGUACAUAAGUCAAAACACAAUAUAUCUAUCCUGUUUAUAAUAGAUAGCAAAUCAAUAUUGACUUGAAUACAGGUUUCAUAUGGGUUUCUGUAUGGUUGUAUGUAUGAAAUAUUAAUAUUUCUGCUGAUGUUUCUAAUGUAACCUCAGUACGUGUACUUCAGCAAAGUGUACUACCUUGAUUUAUUGCUGUACUGAACAUGUACAUGUCCUUGUUUUCAAUAUUCCUAUUGCAACGUGUCCAUUAUUGCAUUGUAUAUUUGUCAGAUGUGACAAAACAUCUUAAUGAAGUAGCCUCAGGUUAGUUUACAUUGUAAAAAUAGAUGGGUUCCUCAUUUUUAUUGAAAGUAUCUGUACAUAAUAGUUGUUCAGUGUUUUAUUAAAGGAUACAAGCACA